UGUGUGUGGCAGAGGCCGUUCCUCCUCCAACAUGGCGACUGACAGGCGGAGACCCACGCUGCUCCUCCUAGCUUCCUUCGUGUUUUUUCACGUCGUCUCGCGUUCCUGGGCCAAGGCGGGCGUCGUGGAGCUCGAUGAAGACAAUUGGCACCAGAUGCUCGAGGGGGAAUGGAUGGUGGAGUUCUUUGCCCCUUGGUGCCCUGCCUGCAAAGCCUUGAAGCCCAUUUGGCAAGACUUUGCAACCUGGAGCGAUGACUUGGGCAUCUCCGUGGGACAGGUGGAUGUCACAAACUCCCCAGGAUUGUCAGGUCGCUUCAUGGUCACUGCAUUGCCCACAAUUUAUCACGUAAAGGAUGGAAAGUUCCGACAGUACCGGGGCUCCCGAGACAAGGACGAAUUCAUGAGCUUUGUGGAGGAGCGGCGAUGGCAGGAAGUGGAAGAGGUGCCCGCGUGGAAGUCGCCGGCCUCCUUCCAGAUGUCGGUUGUUUCGCAGUUUUUCAAGCUCUCCAUGGUUCUCCGAGGAGUUCAUUCAGUCCUAGUGGAAGACUAUGGACUCCCAACAUGGGGGUCGUACCUCGUCUUUGCCCUCGCCACCAUCUUGGUCGGUGCCUUGCUCGGCUUGAUCCUGGUGUGUAUCAUCGAUUUUGUGUUCCCUCCCAAGGCACCAGGCCCAGCUCCGGUUGUCACUUCAGCUGGUCUUAAAGCAGAUGAUGAUGAGGAAGAUUUAGUAGAGGAUACUAAAGCAAAGAGUGAAGAUGCUGAGGAGGAGUCGCAAGGACAAGAAGAAAGUGAUGAUAAAGAGGAAAGAAAGAAAGCAGGUAGUGGAGAUGAAAAUGAAGAUGUAGAAGAGGAUGAGGAGGAGGAGGAGGGAGAGGAGGAGCAGAAAGACAAUGAGGAAGAAGAAAAGAAGGAAGAAGAGGAGGAGGAGGAGGAGGAGGACUCUCAAGCUGAAGAAGACAAAGAAUCAGGAAGCCCCAAAACCUCUCCAGAAGUGAGGCGGCGACGGCCAAGG